UGUCCCGGAGGCUCCCGGCGGGGAGAAGCCGCAAAAUGUGCACCGUGCAGCUGCUGCGGGUGUUGGUCCACGAGCGGAUCAGCGCCGCCGCCGAAGACUUCCUGGUGCGGCUGGAGAAGGGAGAAGAAGCAGCCGAGCUCCCGGCGCUGAGAGCGCUGCUGACUGAGCGGUUGACGGCGGCCGCGGAGGAGAUCGUCGCUCUGCUGGAGAAGACCGUGGCGGAGUACCAGGACAGAAUGGAGCGCUCAGAGCGGGAGAUCUUCCGCCAGAGGAGGCUGCUCGAUGCCGUGCUCAAGCCCGAAGUCCGGCUGCACGCGGCAGUGUUUCCUUCAGAUGUUCAGCAGCUGUUGGGGAGCAAAGAUGAAGUUUCCCGUGAACACCAGAAGAGCUCCAGUCUGGACCCGGGGGAAGACCCAGUGCACCCACAGAUUAAAGAGGAAGAGGAAGAAGCCUGGGCCAGUCAGACAGGAGAACAGCUUCAGGACCUGCAGGUGGCUGAAAUCACCACGUUCACAUUCAGCCCUGUGCACGUGAAGAGUGAAGAUGAUGAGGAGAAGCCUGAGUCCUCACAACUUCAUCACUGCUGGACUGAGGAGAGCAGAGGCUCUGAGGGAGGACCAGAAGCAGACAGGAACUCAGAUCCAGAUCCACUGUUACAGCCUGUUAGUGAAGACAACUCUCUGGACUCGACUGAAACUGAUGACAGUGACUGUGACUGGACACAAACAAAGUCAGGUAGAGAUGUUAAAAAUCCUGACAGUGAUGUUGGCACUGCAGUCAAAGAGAGACCAUUUCCCUGCUCAUAUUGUGGGAAAAGAUUUAGCCUUAAGGGAAAUUUGAACAGACACAUAAGAGACCACACAGGAGAGAGACCAUUUCCCUGCACAGACUGUGAUAAGUCAUUUAAAGACAGUGGCUCCUUAACGGCACACAUGCGAUGUCACACUGGGGAGCAACCAUACAGCUGCUUGUUCUGUGGGAAAAAUUUCAGUGGGAGGGGAAACAUGACCAGACACAUGAGGAUCCACACAGGAGAGAAACCGUUCACCUGCUCAGUGUGCAAUAAAAGUUUUCAUGUUAAAGAACAUCUCAACAGACACAUGAAGUACCACACAGGGGAGAAACCUUUCAGCUGCUCCGUCUGUGGGAAAGGCUGUGCUCAGAAAACAGACCUAAAGAAGCACAUGAGAGUUCACACAGGAGAGAAACCCUUCAGCUGUCCUUUCUGUGGAAAGUGCUGUGCAGAAAAAGGAGACCUAACCAAACACAUGAGAGUCCACACAGGAGAAAAACCAUUCAGCUGUAAUAUCUGUGGGAAAAGCUGUGCCCAAAAGGGGAGCCUGAAGAUCCACAUGAGGGUUCACACAGGAGAAAAACCGUUCAGCUGCUCUGUUUGUGAGAAACGUUUCACUGUUACGGGACAUCUAAAGAGACACAUGAAGCUGCACACAGCAGAGAGUCAUCCGCCUGGGUCUGCAGAGUCACAUUCAGGCAAAGUAGAAAACGAUGAGUCAGCAAACACAUCGUGAUUCACAAUGGCCUUCUCUGACUGAUCAGCUGUUGCUGGAAAUGGAACUGAUAAAACAUACAAUCAUUUACAAUGAAGAGGAUACAAUGAGCGAGAAUGUUUCUUUGUUCUAGAACCAAAUCAAAACAGGCUUAAAAAAGGUGGUGAGUUUUGAUAGGAGCGUAACAGUUUGUAAGAGAUGCAUUCACAGCUCCUGGUCAAAAGACAAAGCUUGAUGUCCUAUUUAUUAAAAAGUGCAGGGGAAAAUAUGUUUCACAGGAAUCUGAAAGGUUUGAAAAAAAAAAAUACAUCCUCAUAUGCACUUUUUUCCAGAUGCAGUGUUCCCUUUAAUAAACCACCAGGAAGGGCAUUUAUGUGGAUCAGCCUUGUAUUCACUGGCAAACUCUCACAUUCAACUGUAAUUGUUCAAGAAAAAGGUCUGCAUGCACAAGUGUUAUUGCAGUAUUUGUACGUUUGCAACAAUCAGAUUUAUUAUUGUAGGGUCAAAGCGCUUUUGGUUGACUGUUGUUGUGAACUUGCGAUUAUUUAAUUAAAAUUAAACUCAACAAAUCUGCAGCUUUCCAAAUGAAUGUUGCGAUAUUGUUUGAAAUUGAGGCUUUGAUUAAUCUGGUUUAACUUUUCUUUUUUUAAUAUCGUGAACAUGGGCCUUUAUGAUCAGAACAAGGAUGUAAUAAAUUGUAGGCAUCCAGAUGUGGAGAAGGCAAAGUCAGGUUUUGUAGAAAGGUCACAUCACAAUUACAUCAAGAUUUUAGAAAUGGGAGUGGGAAGUGCCAUAAAUGUUGUUUAUAAAUGAGAACCUAGUUGUUUGGUUUGUGUUGGAUAGGCACAACAUCUGACUCAAAUGAAGGGGCACUGAAGUCCAAAGAGAAAAUUUGUGGUUUUAACGUUUAGUUGCCACAUUCUCAGUUGAGUUUGUACUAAAGAACGGCCUGCAAACCACUUAAUGAAGAGCUUGGUAGGAAUCAUCAGUAGAUUCAUGGCUCAAGUUCUACUUAAUUAUAUAAAUGACAUAUCAUGUGCUUAAAAAAAGUCUUCACUCUGCUGUCCUGCUACAGAAACCGCUUUAGUGAAGGUUAUACAUUGCAUGCUGUAGGUACGGCGCUGCAGCGGUUUGAAUCAUAUAUAUGUAAUGGACUGUAAAUGGGAGUUCUCUUCACACACUAAGGUUAAUUAUGGAGUUCCAGAUUAAUUAUGAUACUGCCCCUGGGAUAGCACACAUUUUCACUGCGAUGCAGACGAUACCCAACUUUGUUUAUCCAUGAAAACUGAAAAAAUUGAAUUGAUCUGUUUCAACCUCUGUGGACCUACAAUGUUCAAUAGCCUGAUAAAGCCUGUGUUACAUGUAUGUGAGGAAAAACAGAAUUUAUAUAUCACAACAACAAAUCACAACAGCAGUCGCCUCAAUGUGCUUUAUAUUAUAAGAUGAAGAUCUAACGAUAAUCGUAUUCACUGUCUCUGAGGCUCAGACUGACUUUCUGUCAGAUUUAUGGAAACGUAAGUUUGGGUUUGAAAAGGAUUCUGGAAGAAUCAGGUCUCCAGCUCAUUUUAUAUCCACAGCUGUAUAAAUCAAAGUUUA